UGCAAGCUGAUGCCUGUGCGGAGAGCUCAACUCAUGCUUGUCUGAUUGAGAGGGAGAUGCAGUUGCCACGUUCAUUUAUUAACGACCGAGUAUUUCUUAUUAUCUUCAAUAGUAUUUUUAAACAGAAAUUCUGACUGCGUGGAAAGGUCUUUUCACACGCGAGCUAAGAAGUAUUUUGUUUCAUUUUCUGUUGAACCUGGAAGCUGAGCAAACGGAUUUAUUGAAGAUGCAUGUUCCUGUGUUUGUCCUCCUCCCGAAGCUAUAGAGGGUGGAGAGUAAUUGAGGAAGUGUUGCUGUAGCUGUAAGAUCUAGGAUUCAUUUGCAGUCUCUCUCUCUCCCACAGCAGCAGCGGUAGGACCGGAGGCGGAGUGGCGCUGCCGAGCUCUCUGCUCUCCACUGCACACCUUCACGUUCCCUGGAAAUAAAAUCUACUGCCGCUUUGCCUCCAACUCUCUCUCUCUCAGUGACUGGUGCCACCUUCAAAGCAACAACACCAGGCAGGUGAGAGACAGGCAGACUUAGAGAAGGACACUCUACUCCAGCGCUUCUGUCCAUCCAGCCUCCCUGUAACUAGUUCAUCAUGAGCGGACAACACUGCUGGGGCUACGGGGAUGAUAACGGGCCCUCGAACUGGCACAAGCAGUUCCCCUUUGCAGAGGGGGACCGCCAAUCACCCAUUGACAUUGCGCCCGCACAGGCAGUUUAUGAUGCCAGCCUCACACCGGUCUCCAUAUCCUACAAUGCCUGCACCUCACUGUCCAUCUGUAACAAUGGUCACUCAGUCAUGGUGGAGUUUGAGGACUGUGACAAUAAGACAGUGAUCAGUGAUGGCCCGCUGGAAGCCCCCUACAAACUGAAACAGUUCCAUUUCCACUGGGGCCGGACAGGUAGUCAGGGAUCUGAACACACCAUCGAUGGCAAGUCGUACCCUGGUGAGCUUCAUUUGGUUCACUGGAACUCAACAAAGUACAAAACCUUUGGGGAGGCAGCAGGGUCACAUGACGGGCUGGCUGUGGUCGCUGUGUUCUUGGAGACUGGAGAUAAACAUACCAGCUUGAGCAGAUUGACAGAUGCCUUGUACAUGGUCAAAUUCAAGGAAACAAAGGCUCAGUUUAAGGACUUUAACCCACGGUGCCUGCUGCCGAAAUGCAGGGAUUACUGGACAUAUGCGGGCUCUCUAACCACGCCACCCCUGAAUGAGAGUGUGACCUGGAUCGUCUUCAGGGAGCCGAUCCAGGUGUCAGAGAAGCAGCUGGAUAAGUUCCGAACACUCAUGUUCUCGGGAGAGGAAGACUCUGAGAAGCAGCCAAUGGUGGAUAACUUCCGGCCCCCUCAACCCCUCAAAAGGCGAGCAGUCCUUGCCUCCUUCAUGUGGAAACCUUAACCAACCUCCUCACUGGCUCUGAAUUGGAACCAAGCACAGAGCAAGCUGGGAAUGAGAUGGACCCAAGAGAAAACUGGCCAGAUGACUCAUCACUUCUAUCACGUUGGCAUUUAAACCAAUCCCUGCUCAGGUAUAAAAUAAAUAGAAUGUUUGUGUUCGCUGUGGCAUCAGAUAGGAACCUUACUCUGUUCCCCAUUUCCCCCACUGCCCCCCGUAAAUCCUCUGCACUCCUCCGUGCAAAUCCUCUGCACUCCUCCGUGCAAACACUCUGCACUUCUCCGUGCAAAUCCUCUGCACUUCUCUGUGCAAAUCCUCUGCACUUCUCCGUGCAAACACUCUGCACUCCUCCGUGCAAAUCCUCUGCACUCCUCCGUGCAAAUCCUCUGCACUACUCCGUGCAAAUCCUCUGCACGCCUCCGUGCAAAUCCUCUGCACUACUCCGUGCAAACACUCUGCACUCCUCCGUGCAAACACUCUGCACUCCUCCGUGCAAACACUCUGCACUCCUCCAUGCAAAUCCUCUGCACUCCUCCGUGCUGUCUAAUGGAAAGAAAACUCCCUGAUGUGUGUCAUUCUUUCUGGAUUCAGUGAGGAAUUUUUUACUUGGAGCUACUUUGAAAUCAACAUUGAAAUUGGGGAUCAGUUUGGAGCCCACGCCUCACACAUGCACCCACACACCAACACGGCGAUUAUCUCUGAAUUGUGUAAAUGUUAGUCCCUUUUCCCUUUCUGUCCAAGGUGGCCAUGAUGUGGCGAUGCCAGUGUCGGACUGGGGUGGACAGGGUUAUGAGUUACACAACACCAGGUUAUAGUCCGAAAGCUUUAUUUGAAAUCACACAACCUUUCGGAGUGCUGCUCUGUCUUUUGUUACCUGAUGAAGGAGCAGUGCUUUGAAAGCUAGUGGUUUCAAAUAAACCUGUUGGUGUGUGACUUCUGACUUUGCCCAAGGUAAGCAAGACCUGGGUGAGGUUACAAAUGUUUGUGGUUCUCCUGGCUGUCUAAAUCUGUAUGAUCAGCACAUACUUGCUGAUCCAGUCAGGUGCUCAAUGUUAAAUUAAUUAUUAAUACCACAAACAUGAGUUUCCCUUAUCUCUAUUGAAGGGAUAAUAUCACAGAUUAGAAAUUAAAGGUUUCUCAUAGCACCAAAAGCACAGUUUCAGUUCGCUCUCAAUUCCAGACUGUUUGAUGGGAUUAUUUGCCAUUGUUCAUCCAUUUCAAGCUAUCUUUAAAAUACUUCCCGCAAAGGUACUGCAAGACAAGUAAACUCUGCAUAUUUCUGUCAUGCUCAGUUAACUCAAUGUUAUUAUAAUUAAGCAGCUCUUCCUUAAGCAUUUUCCUCAACUGGUUGCUGUUCUGUAACUACAAAACUAAAAAAGAAAUAUUUUCAUGAAGAGAUUCAAACUGAGGAGGCUUCAAGCUAAUCCAUAUCCAACAACUUGCUCUGAAAACUCUGCUCACAUUUUGACAGCUGCAACAGAAUGCAUCGUAGCUGCUGAGGCAAUCUGCAACAUUCUAACUAAAACAAGACACUUUCAAAAAAAGGCAGUUUGCCUAACUCCUCAUGUUAACAAAUCCAUUAAAAUAUGCUGCCACCCGAAGGUUGCAGGAACAGCAACUCAUAUUCUGCCUGGGAACCCUGCAGCCAUAUGGUAUCAAUGUGGACUUCACCAGUUUCAAAAUCUCCCCUUCCCCCACUGCAUCCCUAAACCAGCCCAGUUCAUCCCCUCCCCCCACUGCACCACACAACCAGCCCAGCUCUUCCCCCCCACCCACUGCAUCCCAAAACCAG